GGGGGCAGCUGCAGAGCUGUCUACCCGCGGAUCCGCCGGGGCUGGGAAGCUGGCGACGGCUUCAGAGCGUGAGAUUGUUUCCGAGUUCAAAGCAGUUCGCGCGCGCGUCCAAGGCCAGCAGUGACUGUUCAAGAUGGGGUCCCAGGUCUCGGUGGAUGCUGGCGCCCUGCACGUGGUGAUCGUGGGUGGGGGCUUUGGUGGCAUCGCGGCCGCCAGCCAGCUGCAAGCGCUGAACGUGCCCUUCCUGCUGGUGGACAUGAAGGACUCCUUCCAUCACAAUGUGGCAGCUCUGCGUGCCUCUGUGGAAAGUGGAUUCGCCAAAAAGACAUUCAUUUCCUACUCGGUGACCUUCAAGGACAACUUCCGGCAGGGCCGGGUGGUCGGGAUAGACCUGAAGAAUCAGACAGUGCUGCUGCAGGGCGGUGAGGCUCUGCCCUUCUCACAUCUCAUCCUGGCCACGGGCAGCACUGGGCCCUUUCCGGGCAAGUUUAAUGAGGUUUCCUGCCAGCAAGCUGCCAUCCAGGCCUACGAGGACAUGGUGAGGCAGGUCCAACGCUCACAGUUCAUCGUGGUGGUGGGAGGAGGCUCCGCUGGAGUAGAGAUGGCAGCAGAGAUUAAGACAGAAUAUCCGGACAAAGAGGUCACUCUCAUCCACUCCCAAGUGCCCCUGGCUGACAAGGAGCUCCUGCCCUGCGUGCGGCAGGAAGUGAAGGAGAUCCUCCUGCGGAAGGGCGUGCAGCUGCUGCUGGGGGAGCGUGUGAGCAACCUGGAGGAGCUGCCGCUCAAUGAGUACCGGGAGUACAUCAAGGUGCAGACGGACAAGGGCACGGAGGUAGCCACCAACCUGGUCAUUCUCUGCAAUGGCAUCAAGAUCAACAGCUCUGCCUACCACAGUGCCUUGGAGAACAGACUGGCCAGCAACGGCGCCCUAAGAGUGAACGAGCACCUGCAGGUGGAGGGCUGCAGCAAUGUCUAUGCCAUCGGCGACUGUGCCGAUGUGAAGGAGCCCAAGAUGGCCUACCAUGCCGGCCUCCACGCCAAUGUCGCUGUGGCCAACAUCGUCAACUCCAUCAAGCAGAGACCCCUCAAGACCUACAAGCCAGGGGCACUGACGUUCCUCCUGUCAAUGGGAAGAAAUGACGGCGUGGGCCAGAUAAGUGGCUUCUAUGUGGGCCGGCUCAUGGUCCGGCUCGCCAAGAGCCGGGACCUGUUCGUGUCCACCAGUUGGAAAACCAUGAAGCAGUCCCCACCCUGAUGGAAGAGCUGGGUAAAAGGACCACCUAACUGAGGGCGGCUGGCCAAAGGCCCUGGAGUUAAGACCGGCUAGUGAUGUACUGAUCGGAAGCACUGCUAUGUCAAAGCAAAAAUGAGAGAGCGCGAGAUUAAAAAGCUGAGAUUCUGCCUGGA